CGUGUUUGGUUUGGAUUGGAGAAUUAAAAUAAAUUCUGGUUGAAGUUGUACAACUUUCACGACAAUGGCUGCAGUUUUAAAGAAAAGAGCACUUGCGGAGUACAAUAAGUCAUUCCAGGAUGGGCCGCCUUCCAAAAAGCUUCAUUUGGUCAAGAAACCUCUAAUUGGCAGUUCUGCUGCUGCUUUUGUGGGGUUAUUAGAGAAAUGCAAGUCCAGUGAUGAAGCUUUGCAGCUCUUGCUGCGUAUAUCAGACUGCCUGCAGUUUCAGGAGUCUGAUGUCGAAGAGGCUAUUAAGAAACUGUCUGAACACUUUCAGUCAGAAGAAGAUUCGGUUGUGAGGGUCAAGAUUUUGUGGCUGUUUUGUGAUAUUGGUUUAGAGUGCCCGGGCGCCAACCUUAAUUAUUUGAUUGAUGAAACUAUUCAUUUGAUCAAGAAUGAGACGUCACAUAAGGUUAUAGCUCAAGGGAUAGCUACAUUGCUAAAGCUUGGCAACAAGUUGAGUGAAGACAAACUUCUUAUGAUGCGCUUAGUUGGUGUGGCCAAGGACAACCUCAAAGACACCAGUCACCAGGUGAAGUGCCGGUGCCUGCAGCUCAUCAGUGAACUGUACCCGAUAUAUCCUGAGAUUGAGAGGACCAUGGAGAUGGCAGCAGAGGCCAGUGCUAUUGUGAAGUUGCUGGGAGACUAUUCCAAUGCUGAUGAUGCAAGGGUGCGUUGUGAGGCUUUCCAAUCCUUGCUGACUCUUGCUGAGCGAGGACAGACCCUCAGUGUCGAUCUUUAUCAGCAAGUGUGCCCCGCUCUCUCAGACGACUAUGAGAUUGUGCGAGAAGUUGCUCUGAAGUUAGUGUGGUUGCUGGGGAACAAGUAUCCAGAACACUUGACAACUCUUCAAGACGGCGAGACGACACUACGCCUGGUGGACGACGCGUUCAUUCGCAUCUGCUCCGCGGUCAACGACCUGUGCAUGGCGGUGCGCGCGCUGGCGUGUUCGCUGCUGGGUGCCGCGCGCUUCGUCUCCGACCGGUUCCUGCUGCAAACGCUGGACAAGCAACUCAUGAGUAAUAUGAAGAAAAAACGUACGGCCCACGAGCGCGGCGCGGAACUAGUGCGGUCGGGCGCUUGGGCCAGCGGGCGGCGCUGGGCGGACGACGCGCCGGGACAGCUGGUGGAGCAGGACGACGUGCAGCUGCUGCCCGGCGGCGCGGCCGGCGCCUUCGUGCACGGGCUCGAGGACGAGCUCAUGGAGGUCCGCACAGCCGCCGUAGAAGCCGUAUGCCAGCUGUCAAUGGAGAACCCGGUGUUCGCGACCACAUCGCUAGACUUCCUGGUGGACAUGUUCAACGACGAGAUCGAGGACGUGCGCCUGCGCGCUAUAGACAGCCUCACGCGCAUCUCGCACCACAUCGUGCUGCGCGAGGACCAGCUGGAGACUAUCCUGAGCGCUCUGGAGGAUUACUCAAUGGAUGUCAGGGAGGGCCUACACAGAAUGCUGGGCUCGUGUACAGUCGCCUCCAAAACGUGCUUGGAAAUGUGCAUUGACAAAAUUUUGGAAAAUCUCAAGAGAUACCCACAGGACAAGCGCUCGACAUUCCGCUGCGUGCAGCGGCUGGGCAGCUCGCACGCGACCCUGGUGCUGCCGCUGACGACGCGCCUGCUUGCUUGCCACCCCUUCUUCGACAUGCCCGAGCCUGAUGUUGAUGACCCGGCCUAUACUUGCGUGUUAAUCCUGGUGCUCAACGCGGCGCAACACUGCACCACCAUGCUGCCGCUGUUCGAGGAGCACACCAUCAAGCACUACACCUAUCUGCGCGACACCAUGCCGCACCUCGUGCCCAGCCUGCCCAUAGGAGAAGCGCAGCAAUUAAAUGGCGAAAAGAUGGAGCCCACAGACGACAGCGCAGUGCGGCGCUUCUUGGACUCCGUACUACAGCACAUCGACAACGCCACGCUGUCCACCAGCGUGCGCCUCAAGAUGCUGCAGUCGGCCGAGGAGCAGCUCAACAAGCUAUCGGAGAUGGAGCCCAUGGUAUCGGGCGCGGCCAACUUCACGGCGUUGUUCGCGCGCGCCGUGCGCUAUCUACACGAGGCGCUCAACAACAGCCACGGGCCGCCCACGCACGCGCUCGCGCACCUCACCACCGACUGUCUCAGACUACAACACCAAUUCAGCGGCGUAACGGAGCAAGAGAACGCGUGCGUCUGGCAACUGGCGCUACGCGUCUGCGCGGCGCGUUUAUACGCAGCCGCUAUGGGGACGCCGGUGGUGGGCGCCGGCGCCGUGGGGGCCACGGGGCCCAUGCUGGGCGCCGCCGCGGCCGCGCUGCAGGCCCUCGCCGCGCUUACGCACCACGCCGAACUGCUGGACAGAAUGCUGGCUGCGGCAAGCGUGGAGCCGGACCCGUUCACGAUCGCGGUGUUCCAGCAGUUAUCGAUGAGCGCCGACAACAAGCCAGGGGCGCUGGCCCGCGCGCUCAUGCCGCUGCUGCAGGCCGCGCCGCUGCCCGCCAUCCCCAAGCCCAACCUCAAGAUCCGAAUGUGCACAGCGACAAUAAUCGAGCCGGCCAGCGACAACGACACGGUGCUGCGCUUCUCCGCCGGGCUCGUGACCAGCGUCGCGCUAGAAGCGGAGGUGACGCGCGUGCGCGAGCCCGGCGCGCUGCGCGUGCGCGUCGUGUACCCCGACCGUCGCGCGCACGCGUUGCAGCCGCCGCGGGACCAUCUGCGUCCGCUCGACCACAAUCAUAUUAACGAAGACGGCACCCACAACGUCCGGCUGCUCACCAAGGUGCUAAUCUCGCACGGCGUGUGGACGGAGCCGUGCGGCGUUGACUUGACCGUAUGCUUAGCCGUCGAGGAGGGCGGAGGCCGCGAGCCCGCGCCGCUCGUGGAACUGUGUCGACCUGUGCGAGUCACCGUCGCCCCCAAGCCGAUCAAACGGGGCAUUUAAAGAUAAGGGAAGAUGGGCUACAGAUGAUAAGAGCACAAAGAAGAAUGUUCAUUCAAGCCGAUCGGAGCGUAACCCCUGGGCGAUAACUCGAGAUUCGCGCUGUUAGUGGUCUUAAGUAUCGCGUAUACUUCGGUGCUUUUAUCCAUAGUUCAAAGUCAAAAUUUCUUUAUUUGUAUAGACUAUUAUAUAGUGCUUACAAAUCGUCAAAUAUUUUGCUCUUAAGUUGCGAGUUGCGAGACUUCGCUCCGGUGUCAAAUCAUUCGUCCGAAUGUUAUAGCGAUGUGUGUGGCCCAGGGGUAAGGGAUAAACUAACAUAAGGAAAGAGAAUCAAAAGAAGCAUUUAUGGAAAAAAGAUGGAAAAACUGGAAUGCUUGACUGCAGUUGAUUUCAAGGACAAACAAGACAGCAAUUAGUGAGGACAGUUUGUUCCAUAGGUUUUUAUCUUUACUUUAAAUUGGUGACAUAAUGAUAAGAGAUAAAUGUACAUAAUUAUAGUUUUAUUAUUUUAGGAAUGGAGAUGACUAAAUAAAUCAACCACUUAAUA